AUGGUCAUAAAAUACGGCGGACGGUGGUCAUCAGAUUUCAUCGACCAUGUAGUCGCAAAAUUCAACAAAGCUUUAGAAGGCACUUAUCUCACCUGCUUCCUGCCCAUCCUACUCUUGCUGGCUGAAAACAAUCAGUUGGAUGCAAAGAGACAUGACAAGCCAGAACUUCUCGGACCAGGCGCCUCCAUCUCCGCUUUCGAGGCUCCUUUCGGCAUCGCAGCUCCGAUCCCGAGGCCUGCGCUGACGACGUGCACACGAUUGGGUACAUACUUGGGCGAAUCCUACCUACACCGACGUGCGCCACGCCGCAGUAAACCAUCGACUCUAUUCCUUGCUUCCACCCCAAAACCACCACCACCACCACCACCAAAAAUGCCUCCCCCUCCCCCUCCCCCCCGCCAAACCCACACCCACACCCUCGCCCUCAUAACCAUCGGCCAAUCCCCCCGCCACGACUACGCCCCGGACCUCCCCCGCCUCCUCCCCCGCAACACGCGCCUCGUCCAGCACGGCGCCCUCGACGCCCUCUCCCUCGCCGACGUGCGCGCCACGCUCUCUCCUCCUCCACCGGAAGCACCCAGCAACGACGACGACGACGACGACGGUGACGACAGUGACGACGACGAGCCGACCCAGAUCCUCGUCUCCCGCAUGCGCGACGGGACGGAGGUCAAGAUGGAUGCGGGGCGUUUGAAGCCGCUGGUGGAGGCGUGCGUGAGGGGGGUUGCUGCUGGUGCUUCUGCUGCUGCUAGGGCGAGGGCGAGGGCGAGGGCGAAGACGGAUGAUGAUGGCGAUGACGACGACGAAAACGACGCAUCCGUCGACGCCAUACUCCUCCUCUGCACGGGGGACGUGCCGCGAUUCGACGACGACGACGGCGGCCGCGGCCUGGGUGUGCCGGUCAUCGCGCCGCAGGAGGCGGUGCGGCGGUUUUUGGAGGAAAGAGGAGGAAGAGGAAGAAGAGGACGAAGAGGAGGAGGAUCAUUGCGCGACGUCGACGCGGAUGAUGCAGGGACGGGCAGGGAAAGCGACAGCGAAAGCAACAACAGCAACAACAGCAACAGGACCAGAACGACGGCCAAAAUCCGACAGCCCCCGCGGCUGAUCCUCGUGAGCCCGGAGGAGCGGCAGGUGGCGGCGGCGCGCAGGCGGUGGGACGGCGUGGGCGGGUGCGAGGUCGUCGGGGGGAAGGCGGCGACGCCGUACGGGGAGGCGAGCGAGGGGGAGGUGAGGGAGGUGGCGGGGUGGGUGAAGGAGCUGGUUGGUGGUGGUGGUGGGGAAGUGCUGGUGUAUAUGGAUUGCAUGGGGUAUACGUUGGGGCAUAAGAGGAUUGUGGAGGAGGUGGUCGGGGCGGGGGCGGGGGCGGGGGUCGAGGUGGUGGUGCCGAGGGAGGUGGUGUUUCGGGCGGUGGGGGCGUUGUUUGGGGAGGAGAUGUGA